GUUAGCUAGAUUGGCUAGCUAGAGUUUUUGAUGUUUUAUAGUAUGAAAACUAUGGAACAUGUAUGAAAUAACAUGAGCUGGCUAAUUCAAAAACACACUCCUCCAUUAGUUGUGUUAAUUUUAUAGUGAUUUGUACCUUAAUUACUCAAGACGUUUUUCACAAGACGACAUAUUUACUCUUAUUUGAGUAAUUUUCUUGUUCUGUGCUUUUACUCUUACUCAAGUCAGUGUGUUUUGUACUUUGUUUUGUAGCACAGUAAUUUUAACUAAGGUCACUCGUACCUUCAACCCUAAUCUAAUCUCAGUAGCCAAAAACAAAUGUUUAGUCUUUAGUUUUUCAAAUAAAAGCUUUUCUGUAUUCAAGUCCUGUUUUCCUGCCUUUAUAUAGGCAUUUGUUUAUCUCCACAAAGGUACAAAUACCUGCCCAGACACACACACGGAAGAAAAGAGAGCCUGCACACUUCACCCACCUGCAUCAUAAAAGAGGGCGUGUUUUACAGAAAGAAACUUAACACAACCGGAGGAGUAAAGGAGAGACGGCGUCAGAGAAAAAUGCGCUGACCAAGGUGGGGUUAGUUCGGCACCAUCUACCUGCAAAUACUUGUCUGCCCUCUCAUUUGUUUACAUUUGUCCAAAGCAACUGCAAUUCGUCGUGACUAGGAAGCGUCCCGUCAUAACCAGAUACAGGUUCGGAUAUGCCUUGACAAGAUGAGGGUCUACCUGUUCUAUUAGCAAAUGAAUGCACGGAUGACUGCAGACCUGGAAGCAUGAUUGUACCAUAGCGUCGGCUUUAGGUGCAUCCCGACACCGGGACUCAUCGUACACUCAGAGGAAGAUGGGGGUGGCAAAGCAGCAGAAAGGGUCUCGGAGGCACGUUUGGCUCCAGUACGGCGUUUGGUGUUUCGGAUUUCUGUUGGUGCUCGGGACCAUUUGCAUAUACCACUUCUUUGGCAUUCGUCUCCAGGGACAGAAAAAUAUUCCAUCUGUGGAUCCGGAAUCAUUCUACGUGGCUUACCCGCGUAAAUACCGCUUCGUCCUGAACCAGCCAGAGGUGUGCAAGCACCGCGACCCGUAUAUAGUGAUCAUUGUUCCAGUGGCGCCUCGCGACGUGGAAGCACGUAAUGCCAUAAGAAGGACAUGGGGGAAUGACAGCUUGGUCCAGGACGGAGAUGUCCUGGUUCUGUUCCUGCUGGGUUUGCCGAGUGGGAGCGACCCCGAAACGCAACAGCUCCGCAUACACCAGGAGAACCUGCGGCAUCGGGAUUUGCUUCAGAGCGACUUCGUAGACUCCUACAGGAACCUGACUAUUAAAACUAUGGUGAUGCUAGAAUGGCUGAGAGAUCACUGUCCCCAAGCGUAUUACGCCGCAAAAGUGGACGCCGACAUGUUGAUAAACGUUGGCGCCUUGACGCAAAUGCUCCUGCGCCCCACUCAACAUCAUAGUAACUACAUUACUGGACUGGUGUGGUACGGGAAUAUAGUAAUCAGAGAUCCAUCCAGCAAGUUUUACAUCCCUCAUGAGGUGUAUCCCUACCCGGUGUACCCGCCAUACCCUUUGGGAAUGUGCUACAUCGUUUCCAUGGACCUUCCAGCAAAGAUUCUGCACGUGUCAAGAAAAAUUAAACCCAUUUUCAUCGAGGACGCAUAUAUCGGCUUGUGCCUUGAACAACUUCGUAUCACUCCCACGAACCCUCCAAACAAGGCGCAGUUCGUAGUCAAGCCACCUCUGGUGUACGACCGCUGCUACUACUCUGACCUCAUUGCUGUGAUUACGGACAGUCCUGCUCAGCUGAUCUCCUUCUGGAUAGAUCUUCAUAAACCAGGCCCGGCCUGCAAAGAAGCGAGUCAUACUCCUUUAGAUUAGGACUUUAUUGCUGGUGCUAAACUGAUGUACUUUUUAUCGUGUCACGCAAUUUAUAAAGACGCUUUAACAAAACAAAUCUAUUUCAAAUGUGAAAAAGCACUCGUAUAUUGUUGCACAACAAACUGUUACACUAUUCACGUCAAAAUCAUGUUGUCAGUGGUUAACUAGCUAGCUAAACGCCUUAGCUAAUGUCGGCUAACUGUUUGUUGUUGUGUUCCUCCACUUGGGGAAAAAAGAAAAAAAAACAAAACAAGAAAAACAUCGAACAUCUAGUUUAACGUGUUGUAUCGUAAUGCUGAAAACAAAAAAUUUAAUGUAAUGUGUACAUCUUGUUUCACAUGUAGACACCUUUCGACCAAAGAGAUUUAAGAAUUCAACUGUGCUGUGGACUGUGUUUUGAAAUUUGGCCCGCGGCUUGUCAGUCAUACUGACUUUUCGGAAUAGAUAAUUACGACACUUAUGCUUUAAAUAAUUACAGUAUUUCUACACGGUCAAACAUUUCAAACUGCAGACGUUCUACAGAUGCAAAUGUGCCUAAUGUCAGGCAAACCUGUUGAUGCUUGCGUCACAGUUCACAGCAGAUUCUCAAAAAGGUUUCAUUUAAAUAAAGUUUGUUAUCUUCUUCUGA